AAAGCGCGGCCGCCGAAACCCAGCCGGGCUCAGAUGACAAUUUGGCAGCGUCUGGAUCUGCCUCAGCUCUACGCAGUCCACACGUUGCUCCAACCCUCUGCGCAGUGCGCCUCGUGAGGCGGAGCCACCUCCGGAGCGGCGCGCGCACCCUAAGGCCUCGCGUCGCGUAACUAGGCCGAAGGGCACAGAGUUAGCGCGCGCCCGCCCGCGCCACUUCCGACUCAGCCCCUAGGAUCAGGUUCCGGGGCGCCGCGGAGGUCCCGGCCUGUGGACUGCGCGUGGCGCUCUGGAGAAUCCAGCGCCACGCGCCUUGCGGUGGCCAGGAUGGAGGAGGCCGGGGCGGCGGUGGUCACGGCCGGGGAGGCCGAGCUGAACUGGUCCCGCCUCAGCGUGUCCCCUGAGACGCUAGAGUCUGAGCUGGAGGCGCGGGGCGAGGAGAGGCGCGGCGCGCGGGAGGCGCUGCUACGGCUGCUGCUGCCUCACAACCGUCUUGUAUCGCUGCCGCGGGCGCUGGGCAGCGGCUUCCCGCACCUCCAGCUGUUAGACGUGAGCGGCAACGCGUUGACCGUGCUUGGGCCGGAACUGCUCGCUCUGCGCGGCUUGCGCACGCUCCUGGCCAAGAACAACCGGCUCGGCGGGCCCAGUGCACUGCCCAAGGGCCUGGCCCAGUCGCCGCUCUGCCGCAGCCUCCAGGUGCUCAAUCUCAGCGGCAACUGUUUCCAGGAGGUUCCUGCUUCGCUCCUAGAGCUGCGCGCGCUUCAGACCCUGAGCUUGGGCGGCAACCAGCUGCAGAGCAUCCCGGCUGAGAUCGAGAACUUGCAGAGGUUAGAGUGUUUAUAUCUUGGAGGAAAUUUCAUUAAAGAAAUCCCACCAGAAUUAGCAAAUCUGCCUUCUCUAAAUUACUUGGUGUUAUGUGACAACAAAAUCCAAAGUGUACCUCCUCAACUUUCACAGUUGCAUUCACUUCGUUCCCUAAGUCUUCACAAUAACUUGCUGACGUACCUGCCUCGAGAGAUCCUCAACCUUAUUCAUCUGGAAGAGUUGAGUUUACGAGGAAAUCCAUUGGUUGUUCGUUUUGUUAGAGAUUUAACCUAUGAUCCUCCAACUCUCCUGGAAUUAGCUGCACGGACCAUUAAGAUCCGAAAUAUUUCCUACACUCCCUAUGAUCUUCCUGGGAAUCUUCUUAGAUACUUGGGUUCAGCCAGCAAUUGCCCAAACCCAAAGUGUGGAGGAGUCUACUUUGACUGCUGUGUCAGACAAAUUAAAUUUGUGGACUUCUGUGGGAAGUAUCGCCUCCCACUGAUGCACUACUUAUGUUCGCCAGAAUGCUCUUCCCCUUGCAGUUCUGCCUCUCACAGCUCCACAUCCCAAAGUGAAUCUGACUCAGAAGAUGAAGCUAGUGUUGCUGCACGCAGAAUGCAGAAAGUUCUUCUUGGUUGAACAAGAGUGCACUGUAGUGUGAAAUACUUAAAAACUAAGCAAAGAUGGUUAGAAAAGAAAAUAGAGCUUGAAGCUCACUAGAAACCUUAUCUUUAUCUUAAGUGUUCAUGAAAGAGUCUGGGAUGAUAUAAAACAUUUUGUGUUUCAUCUACCCUUUCAGCAGGAAUGAGUCUAGUCCCAUGUUUAGAUUCUUUUAAUAUAAUUUAUUGUGAAUGAUAGUUCCACAUUUGACUGAUGGUUUGCAGUUUUCACUCAAGUUUUGCAUGAAUCACAAAGUGGAAUGGCACCUUCUGAAGAGCAGUUCUACAAUAAGCCAUGAGUAGUAUAACUUGUGGCAGUUGAGAUGGAGAAAGUGAGAAAUUAUCUAAGUUGUAAUUAUCAGAGUUGCCCUUGCGUUUAGGUAGAACACUAUAUACCAUAUAUACUAUAUAUACCAUAUAUAUAUUAUAUACCAUAAACAGGAUUAACCCUCCCUUUUUUUAUUGCCUGGAUGUCUAGAUUACAGAACUAUUCAGAGAAGCUUACAGAUGUUUACAUAGGACCUACACCUUUCUGACAAACUAAGUGGUAAAGUAAGGCAUAUAACAUGUAAGUGGGUUAUUAAAACUUCUUAAUUCUUUUCCUUUGUUCUAUAUGAUUGCUGUUAACUUUAUGUAAUCCAGCAAUGACUAUUACAGUGCGUUAAUCCAGCAUGAAUAUAAAAAUGUAUUCAAGAAAUAAUGCCAGAGCAACCUAUAACCUGGCAUACUAUACAGAAAACCUUAAAAUAUUCUUGAACAGAACUAGUUAAAUAACUGUAUAUCUAAUAUCUGAUCUCAUGGCCCUCUUAAAAUUUUUUGUUUAAAUGUUUAGUCAUCCCUUAGAAGCACAUUACUUCUACACUUAAUGGUAGGCCACAAUCUUAAACAAUCUGUUUAUCAUAAGACGGAGUAAGAAUUUUUGACAGAAAAUUCUGUAAGAGAUAUAAUCUGGGACAGCUUCUUUAUAUCUUGCAUUAAAUGGGUGGAGAAAAAUAUGACUUUUGCCCAUGGCAUGUAUCGGACCAUCUUUCUCUGCUUUUUAAAGAAAAACUAAUACAACUAGAAAAACACCACAACAAGCCAAAUAAAAAUGGAGAAAGGAGUCAUUGUCUUUAUACAUAAUAGAACAGUUUCCAGAACUAUUUUAACCAUGGAAGCAUUUUAGAAAAUAAAGUAUUAAUAAAAUAGAAAAAAAUAUUAAAUGUAUCCUUAAUGUAUAGCAGGGAAAUAGUUUCACAAAUUAAUUACUAUUAGAAAUUACCAAAUUUUUAUUAACUAGUUUAAUAUGCAAUACAAAUUGAAUAAUAGUACAACUACAAGUUGAUAAAAUGUAAAUGGUUACUGGUAAUCAUUAGAUAACUAAUAAUAACAUGAUUUGUUGGUAAAUGUUAAAAAUACAGUAAGAAAUGUUAAAUAUACAGGUCAGAUAAGCAUUACAACAUCAGGUGAUAACCUUUUCUGAUUUCUGGCAUUCAUGGCACACCAUUUCUUAAAAGCAAAUUGUUGUAUAGUAACAUAUACAUGUAUUAAGAGUUUUUUCAUAUAUGUUUUGUAUUUUAGAAACUAGUAUAAUUCAGGGUUUUUAUGUUUAUUUUUAUGUUAAUUCAUGAAACAUGAGAGUUUCAUGAACUGCAGAAUGUGAAACGCUGCUAUAGAACAAAUCCCUUUACCUUGACCUUGUUAUAAUGUAGUAAGAUUUUGUAUUCCUUUUGAUUCAGAAAUUUUCUGUGUCUAUAGAAGUAAUCUUAUAUGUUCCUACUGCCUAGAAGAGUGAUACAUAGGUGAUUAUAUCAUAAAAUAUAGUCUUUGCUUACUUCUCCAUGGGAGGGAGCCACAGCAAGCUGCAGACUUUACAGUUAUAAAAGGUAAAGAUGACUUAGGCUGUGCCUAAGUGACAAAUAUAAAAUGUUUUGUAAAUAAGUGACUUAGCUAAGAUACAUAAGAUAUUUUCAUAGAAAAUAAUGUAUUCAUAGUAAAGUACUCAAAUUGAUAGGAUCAACUUUUUCUGGCUUAAAUGCGUGUGCUUACUUCCUAAUCAAUUACCAGCUUGACCUAAGUAACUGCUUGAGUAGUCUUCUAAGAGUUAGUCUUCAUAAAGUAAAUGGGUAGGUAUGUAAAUAUAUAACCUUACAUACCCUUUCCAGCUUCCUAGAAAGAAGAUCUACUGCUUUCAUCUUUUACAGAUGUAAAUAGGUCCAACCAGACACAGUUUCUGGCCUUUACAUAUAAGAAUAUAGAUGUAUACUACAGUAUUAUUUCAACAAAAUGUUAUGGUUCUAUGUAUAGUUGAAAAAUCUAUGAUCAGUGUGCAACUGUCUUUGGUAAUUUUUAGUGAAGUCUGUGUUAUAGCUGUCAGUUUUAUCUUUCUUAAAAUCUUUGACCUAACCUUUUGUAAGAGGAGCUAAUGAUUUCUAAGAUUUUCCCUGUUUCUUUUUCCUAUCUUUUCUUUUUUCCAGAUUAAUUAAUCUGAAGUCAGAUAUAAGGGACUUGAUAAUCUAGAAACCAGAUAAUCAGCUCCCAAGUCAUAUAGCUAACUACGUGUUGUCAGCUACCAAGUCAUGUAGCUAACUAUGUAUUUAAAAUAACAGUCUGUCUCUUUAGUUCCUAAGUCAUAUAUUUGUGUUUAAUUACAGUAAAUAAACUUUAAUUGGGGGGUUUUAAAAGACAGUCAGUGAAGUCUAAUUUUUAUAGUUUUUUGAUAUUGUUCUACUUGAACAAUUUUAGUGACCAAAACUAUGGAUAAAACUACUUAAGCAUAACAUUAGUAUAUUAGAAUGACAUCAUUCAGUGCUAGUAUUUGAAAUUGAAAUUAGUACAUUGUGCAUUAUUAGUAGUCUAUUCCUUGAAUCCAUUCGUUCAGCAUCACCAAACUGAGCUUGUGAGAGUGCUAAGAUUCUGGGAAAUAGGAAGAUUAGUGUAUGACAUAUUGAUUCCAGGGUGCUAGGGAUUGGCUGACAUUAAGGACCAGCUGGCCAGGGUCCUCAAUAUUCUAGUAUUCGAGUAGUGGAGGUAAAUCCAAAGGUGACUGGUCAUAUUUUAAUAAUGAAUGUGUGAUGAAUUGUUUCUUGUUCAAAAAUUCUUGAUAUUUAGAGCUUCAAGUUACCACAUUUAAAAGUAAAGACUUGGCUGGGGUGCGGUGGCACACGCCUAUAAUCCCAGCACUUUGGGAGGCUGAAGUGGGUGGAUCGUAUGCAGUCAGGAAUUAGAGACUAGCCUGGCCACCACGGUGAAACCCCAUCUUUACAAAAACUAAAAAAAUUAGCUGUGUGUGGUGACAUGUGCUUAUAGUACCGGCUAACUCCAGAGUCUAAGACAAGAGAAUCACUUGAACCUGGGAGACAGAGGUUGCAGUGAUCCAAGAUCACUGCCAAUGUACACCAGCGUGGGCGAGAGUGAGACUCUGUCUUGAAAAAGAAAAACAAAAAAAGACUUGCAUUGUAAAUUGUACCUCAAAUUUGAGGAACUUUUGUGCUUAUGUAAAAGUAAAAAUUAGUCCACAAUAAUGUGUUAUAAUACUGAACACCAGUUCUACCAGAUUCUGUAACUAUCAGAUUUAAACAAAAAAAGAGAAGGAAGAGGCUGAUUGCUAGAGUGUUAAACAAAUCUUUAGAAACCACCGGGCUAGAAGAGAAAUAACCAAACACCUAGGGAAAGCCCUAGGCCAAGAAAGCCCUUUAAAGUAAUAGUCAAUUAUUUUAAAAUUAAAUUAUUAAGUGGCCUACUGACUACCAUCCAAAAGCCCUUAUCACAAAAUCUGUUCAGUGUAUUGGGAAAUUGUCCAUAUCCCUCCAUAAUUAAGGGCCAUCAAGUAAUAAGAUCUUCUUACAGCCAACUUUGCUCUUCCAAAAGGGAGAAAGUCAUACCUCAUUAACCUGGAAUUUGUGGUACAACAGGUACCCUUGGUUAAUGUUUACCUUUUCACUAUGUAAAAAAGAAAAAAACACUAAGCAAAUAGUACAAAUAAAAUUUGAUCUUUUAAAGCAUUUUAGCAGUAGCUAUUUAUGUAAAAAGUAGUUAGUGGUUAUUCCUAAAUUUUCGUAAGACGCUUCGUAGACAAAACUGUCAGUUAUGUAUAUAUAUAAAGGUUAGUUAAGCUGCAUUUAGUUAGAAACAUUUAAUUUUUACCCAAAUGAUUCUUUUCUCAUCCAAAAGUAGAGCUUGUAUUAUGUCAUUAUAAAUAUUAUUCCCCAUUUAGUCCGAAAGAGUGAGCUUUUAAGUUGUGCCAGGUACUUAACAAUAGUAAAAGCUAUUGUGUAGAUUUUUUACUCAAUGUGACCUAUAAUGCAUAGUUUUGAUUCCUUCUGUAUUGAAUGUCCCUGUUUCCAUAUUAAGUACUAUGGCCUGUAUAACAUUAAUUUAAUAGUGUACAAUUUUGGGCCAGGCACAGUGGUUCACACCUGUAAUCCUGGCACUUUGGGAGGCCAAGGCAGGCAGAUCACCUGAGGUCGGGAGUUCAAUAUCAGUCUGGCCAACAUGGUAAAAUCACAUCUCUACUAACAAUACAAAAAUUAGCCGUGCUUGGUGGCUCGUGCCUGUAGUCCCAGCUACUCAGGAGGCUGAGGCAGGAGAAUCGCUUGAACCUGGGUGGUAGAGGUUGCAGUGAGCCAAGAUCAUGCCAUUGCACUCCAGCCUGGGCAACAGAGCAAGACUCCAUCUCAAAAAAAAAAAUUGCGUGCAAUUUUGUAUUUUCAUAGUCAGAUCUUUUUAAAGGUGUCAGUGAUUUCACUUGUGGUCAGGAAGUAUGUGCCUUAAAUCCUCUAGACCCAAAGUUUGGAGAGCUAUAUUAAUUUAAUAGGUUGUUUGGGACAGCCUUGUUACCUUUUUCAUUUAACUUGAGGGAGAAAGACUGAUCCUGAAAUAUUUCUUGUCAUAAAAUGGCCUAAUGUAUAUGAGUCUAGAGCUUCUGGGGAGGGAACCUCUAUCAUGCAUUCUGCCCCAGGAUGUCAAAAUCAUAACGAUCAGGGUACCCUGAAAUAAAAUCACUGAAAAAGUAUGUUCUCUUAUAUAUUAUUUUAAAAAUUUAUCUGGUGCCACCAAAGAAUGACAGCAAUUUCUAACCAACUUCAUAUUUCUAGCAUCAUAUAAAGAUAUUGUAAGGCUUUGCAUAUUUUGCCAUUGGUUUUCUUUGUAAUAUAGGUUGAAAGGGAGACAUGUUUGAAUACUUUUGUAUGUAAAUAUCUCCCAUUCUUUUUCUAUCUCUUUGUGGUCUGUAUUUACUAAGAAUUGACUUUUAAAAAAACUGUUCACUAAUGAACUUUGCAUAUUAUCGAACACUCACAGGGUAAUAUUGAUUUGGGUGCUACUAGACUUUUACCUAACAUUAGUCUUUCUCAAUAGUUCUUGCAAAGGACAGCAUUCAACCCAGUAAAUAUUAAAGCAUAUUAGUUUAAUGAAGGUUAUUUAUAUACUGUCAUACAAUGAAGCUAUGGUGGAAAGAACAUCUGCAUUCACCAGAAUGUACUUUGUUCCUUUGGCUGUGACUAAAUUGGAUAAGACUUUUAUUGUUAAGUUCCAGCUAUUGGAAGAUACAGUGAUAAGACUGACGUUACCGUUGCAGCCUUGCAAAAACAUGACUAAAUUGGUUAAUUAUGUCUACAACUUAUGUUUAAGAGAAUCCUUUCACUAACUUAAAUUGUUAACAUUGUUGUGAUAUUAAGAAAGAGUAUUAACCUAAACAGUCACUUUACAACAAUCAUAUAAGAACUGUGUGCCUACAGUUGAGGUUUUUUGCAUUUCUGAGCGCACUUUGUAUUCAUAAGAAACAAAAACAUAAUGGGAGAAAAGUUUUAAAUAACCAAUAUUGUAAGUUUUCAUAAAGUUUGGUACUUCAAAGUAUUAAUGAAGGAUACUGAAAACAUACUUUUACUUUGGUCAAAUUACUUUUUAUGGUGUGAUUUCUUAAUUUCCUGUAUUUCAAAUCUUGCGAAUUAGGAAUAUCUACAUCUAUAGAUAGCUAAAACUGGUAAAAGUAAUUCAGCAACGUGAUUCAACAGUUUUUAUUUUUAGGAUAAGUUAUCAUUUAUUUUAUUAAUAUCAAAUUUAUAUAUUGCCUUGUAAUGCUAAGUGCUUUAAAAAGAAUAUUUAGGCUACUUCAAUUCCACCAUCUUCUUCCCCCUCCCCCAGGACAUACGUAUAUUAACUAAUCCUCCGUGUAAAUUUUGCCAUAUCAAACAUUGUGCCUUAUUUUAUUAAAACUUUUGUUGGAAUCCAAUUCCAUAUUAAAGUGUCUAUAGUGAUGAUAUUUGCCUGAUUACCUGUUAUAUCACUGAAUAUAAAUAUGUACCAACAUUUACUCUCUGUGCUAGAUGCAGUGGAUAAAAGAUUAAUUA